AUGUCGCUGCAGCUCCUGACAGAUGUGCCACCUUUGCCCGCAAACUACGCGCGUCGCGCUGGACUUUCUGAGUCCCUGGUCAAGUCUUUGCAAAAGUGCCUCAAAGCCUCAGGGCUCUGCAUCGUGCAUGGCGCGGGGGGUAUGGGCAAGACAGUUGCCACCUGUGCAUCGCUCCUCGAUGAGACAGCCUUGGGUGAGAUCUUCCCUCAAGGUGCUGCAUACAUUACCGUGGGUCAAAGUCCCGAUGUCAUGAGCCUGCAGUCGACCCUUCUCCGUGCUUUUGGGGUGCAUGAUCCGCCAGCCGACGUUUCUGAUGGAUACGCCCGCCUUUACAACGCCUUGUCGGGGUGCAAAGCCCUGGUGGUGCUCGACGACGUGUGGAAUGCGUCGCACCUGGAGUGCUUUGUUCCCAUGAGGGGGCGCCCGAAGACCUGGAGCAAUGUGGCAGUACUUGUGACAACACGCUUCGCGGAUCUUGUCCAGAAAGCGGAGCUACUGCGCCUCGGUGACCUCACGGAUGCCGAGGCGCGGGAACUCCUCCACCUGCAAGGAGAUGGCGCGCUCCUGGCACGCGUUGCCAAGCUGUGCUCACGCUCCCCACUGGCUUUGUCAAUCCUCGGUGCUACAGGCCAGCUGGAAGCAGACCACGACAGCAGCCGGAAGCCUGCAGCCAUCUUCACCGCCUUCUGCGAUGAGCUUGCAGCCCAGGAGAAGGGUGAGCCCAACGCCAUCAAGCGCUGUAUUGGGCUGGCCCACAAGCGCCUCGACCAGCAGGACAGGGACCUCUACCUGGGUAUGGCCGUGUUCCCUGACGACGUGCUAUUGCCUGUCGCAGCUUUACGUGCCCUGGAGGGAUGGAAGAUGGCCGGCUAUGGGGGCAGCAGCACCCCGCUGGGAUCUGCCAGGGCGCAGAGCUCGAUGCCUGAUGGAGUGAUGGAAGAGAAUACGAUCCUCUUUGCUGUUCCAAAGAAAGGGAGGAUCCACGAAGAUGUCAUGAAGAUCCUGAAGGGAGCUGGCUUUGACGCCAAGCGUCCAGAUCGACUGGACGUGGCCAUGUGUAAGGAUCUCCCAAUCAAGCUGGUCUUCCUGCCUGCCGCAGACAUUCCGAGCUAUGUCAUGGAAGGCAAUGUGGACAUUGGGAUUUCUGGAAGCGACAUGUUGGAAGAGUCCAUGAUUGAAGCGGGGUAUGUCGAUGCUGCUUGUGCGCCUGUCAAGGUCGUGAAAAAACUAGGCAUUGGAAAGUGCAAGCUGUGUCUGCAAGCUCCACAGCACUUAUGUGACAGGCCGGCCAAGGAGUUCGUGGGGCAGCGGAUAGUCACCUCCUUCCCAGCGCUGACGAAAAGAUACUUCGACGGCCUGGCUGGUGAGGACACGCACAAGACACACAUCAAGGAGGUGUCUGGCUCGGUUGAAGCAGCCUGUGGCCUGGGCUUGGCAGAUGCCGUGGUCGACCUGGUCGAGACUGGCACAACAAUGAAGGCAGCAGGUCUUGACAUUGUGUCAGACGUCCUGGAGACAGAGGCCCUCCUCUUCCACCAGCUUCCGACGAAGGCCAACGGCCUGUCCAGUGGACCCAAGGCCAACAUGCUCAGGCUUAUUGAGAGCCGAAUAUCCGGGUACCUCACAGCGACCAAGUAUGUGAUGAUCGUCUGCAACUGUCAUCACGACAACUUGGCAGCAGUGUGCCAGCUUCUACCCGGCAAGAGAUCACCGACAGUGACCGAGCUGAAAGAGGAGCACUGGCACUCUGUGUCUUCGUUGGUGAAGAACAGUGAGUCGAAUCGCAUCAUGGAUGAGCUUUCGAAGGUUGGGGCGGAGGAUAUCUUGUGCCUCGCGCUGGGCAACACGCGGAUGUGA